CUCUUUUCUUCUUUUUAAAAACGAACUGUGCUCUUCUGCUGGUCCUUUGAACUUGGUUUGGUGAGGAGUGGACUUCUCCUGCACCAGAGGACUUGGCAAAGCCACCCAGCAAAAUGAAACAACUCACGUGCUUUCUCAUCUGGCUCUUUGUUUCUGAAGCACGAGCCUUCGAAAUCCCCACCAGUGGACUUCCAGAAUUUGCAGAAUAUGGAGAUCUUGUGGAACUGGCCCCAGGCAAAUUCCAGUUUGUGCCAGAGAACCGGAGGUAUCAGAGAAGUGUUUCUGAAGAAUCCGGAGAAAUAGUGGAAGAUGUUGAUCAAGUGACUCUUUAUAGCUAUAAAGUGCAGUCCACUAUCACUUCUCGCAUGGCCAGCACCGUCAUCCAGGCCAGAGUGGUGAACAACUCCCCACAGUCUCAGAGCGCCGUGUUUGAUGUUCAGAUUCCCAAAGGAGCUUUCAUCUCCAACUUCUCCAUGACUGUAGACGGCACGACUUUCAUGAGUUCCAUCAAGGAGAAGACUGUGGGCCGAGCUCUCUACUCACAGGCGAGAGCAAAAGGCAAGACUGCUGGCUUGGUGAGGAGCAGGGCUCUUGACAUGGAGAACUUCAAAACCGAGGUAAACAUCCUCCCUGGAGCAAAGGUGCAGUUUGAGCUUCAUUACCAGGAAGUGAAGUGGAGGAACCUGGGAUCCUACGAACACAGGCUUCACCUGCAGCCGGGACGGCUGGCCAAACACUUGGAGGUAGAUGUGUGGAUUAUUGAGCCUCAAGGAAUGAGGUUUCUUCAUGUUCCUGACACAUUUGAUGGCCAUUUCGAUGGUGUUCCAGUCAUAUCUAAAGGACACCAGAAGGCACACAUCUCCUUCAAGCCCACAGUUGCACAGCAAAGAAAAUGCUCCAGCUGCUCAGAGACUGCGGUGGAUGGGGAGCUGGUGGUGAUGUAUGACGUGAACAGAGAGGAGAAGGCUGGUGAACUUGAGGUAUUUAAUGGCUACUUUGUCCACUAUUUCGCUCCUGACAACAUGGACCCGAUUCCCAAAAACAUCCUCUUUGUCAUAGAUGUUAGUGGCUCAAUGUGGGGGAUAAAAAUGAAACAAACAGUGGAAGCCAUGAAGACCAUUUUGGAUGACCUAAGAGCUGAAGACCAGUUCUCUGUGGUGGAUUUCAACCACAAUGUUCGAGCCUGGAGAAAUGAUCUAGUCUCAGCUACCAAAACACAGACUGCAGAUGCAAAGAAGUAUAUUGAGAAAAUCCAGCCCAGUGGAGGCACAAAUAUCAAUGAAGCACUCCUGCGGGCCAUCUUCAUUUUGAAUGAAGCCAAUAACUUGGGAUUGUUGGACCCCAACUCAGUCUCGCUGAUCAUUUUGGUCUCUGACGGUGACCCAACAGUGGGUGAACUAAAAUUGUCAAAAAUCCAGAAAAACGUGAAACAGAACAUACAAGACAACAUCUCCUUGUUCAGCUUGGGGAUAGGAUUUGAUGUUGAUUAUGACUUUUUGAAGAGACUGUCCAAUGACAACCGUGGAAUUGCUCAAAGGAUUUAUGGGAACCAGGAUACUUCUUCUCAGCUCAAAAAAUUCUACAACCAGGUCUCUACUCCUUUGCUCCGGAAUGUUCAGUUCAACUAUCCCCAUAUGUCAGUAAUGGACGUCACUCAAAACAGUUUCCAUAACUAUUUUGGAGGCUCAGAGAUUAUGGUGGCAGGAAAAGUUAACCCUGAUAAAUUGGAUCAAUUACAGAGCAUUAUCACAGCAACUUCGGCUAACACAGAGUUAGUCUUAGAAACUCUGGCCGAAAUGGACGACUUGGAGGAUUUUCUAUCAAAAGAUAAGCAUGCAGAUCCUGACUUCACCAGGAAACUGUGGGCCUAUCUGACAAUCAACCAACUUCUAGCUGAGAGAAGCCUGGCUCCUUCAGCUGCAGCCAAAAGGAAAAUUACAAGAACAAUCCUGCAGAUGUCUCUGGAUCAUCACAUCGUGACCCCGCUCACUUCGAUGGUGAUUGAGAACGAAGCAGGAGAUGAGCGCAUGCUGGCGGACUCGCCUCCGCAAGAUCAUUCUUGCUGCUCGGGUCAGUGUUUCUAGUUCGUGGAGAAAGAUUCG